AUGCAUUCUGGCUGCCCCUUGAAUCGACGCGAGCUGGGCCGCGCAUCCUGGGCGUUUUUGCAUACGAUGGCUGCUUUUUAUCCAGAGGAAGCCACGCCAGAGAAGCAAAAGGAGAUGGAGGAGUUUAUGUGGACCUUUGCUUCGGUGUAUCCGUGUGGCUACUGCGGGGAUACCACGUGGCAAGAGAUGAUGCGCCAUCCGCCUCAGGUGAAGACGCGCAGCGAGUUUACGCAGUGGAUGUGUGAACUCCACAACGAAGUGAACGACCGCUUGGGCAAGGAGCAAUUUGACUGUAGCAAGGUCGAGGAGCGCUGGCGCACCGGACCACCCGAUGGCUCUUGCAAGUGA